GGUCCUCAGCGUCUUGGCGGCAGUUGGUGGAUCCCGAUCUUCGAAGAGCGGCGCCAGUCCGAGCCCUGCCUCGGACCAGGCGUCCAUCGAAGUAGGCACGCCCCUCCGCGUCUCCUCUCUGCUCAGCAAGGACCCCGUCCGGGCCGCCUUCGCCUCAUCGCUAUGGCGCCCACGAUCCAGACCCAGGCCCAGCGGGAGGAAGGCCACAGGCCCAAUUCCCAUCGGACUCUGCCUGAGAGGUCUGGAGUGGUCUGUCGAGUCAAGUACUGCAAUAGCCUCCCUGACAUCCCCUUCGACCCCAAGUUCAUCACCUACCCCUUCGACCAGAACAGGUUCGUCCAGUACAAAGCAACUUCGUUGGAGAAACAGCACAAACAUGACCUCCUGACUGAGCCAGACCUGGGGGUCACUAUCGACCUCAUCAACCCUGACACCUACCGCAUCGACCCCAAUGUUCUCCUAGAUCCAGCUGAUGAGAAGCUUUUGGAAGAGGAGAUUCAAGCCCCCACCAGCUCCAAGAGAUCUCAGCAGCAUGCAAAGGUAGUGCCAUGGAUGCGUAAGACAGAGUACAUCUCCACAGAAUUCAACCGUUAUGGCAUCUCCAAUGAGAAGCCUGAGGUCAAGAUUGGGGUUUCUGUGAAGCAGCAGUUCACUGAGGAAGAAAUAUACAAAGACAGGGAUAGCCAGAUCACAGCCAUUGAGAAGACUUUUGAGGAUGCCCAGAAAUCAAUCUCACAGCAUUACAGCAAGCCCCGAGUGACGCCGGUGGAGGUCAUGCCUGUCUUCCCAGACUUUAAGAUGUGGAUCAACCCAUGUGCUCAGGUAAUCUUUGAUUCAGACCCAGCCCCCAAGGACACAAGUGGUGCUGCUGCAUUGGAGAUGAUGUCUCAAGCCAUGAUCAGGGGCAUGAUGGAUGAGGAAGGGAACCAGUUUGUGGCCUAUUUCCUGCCUGUGGAAGAGACACUGAAGAAACGAAAGAGGGACCAGGAGGAGGAGAUGGACUAUGCACCAGAUGAUGUGUACGACUACAAGAUUGCUCGGGAAUACAACUGGAACGUGAAGAACAAAGCUAGCAAGGGCUACGAGGAAAACUACUUCUUCAUUUUCCGAGAGGGUGAUGGGGUUUACUACAAUGAGCUCGAGACCAGGGUCCGCCUUAGUAAGCGCCGAGCCAAGGCUGGGGUUCAGUCGGGUACCAACGCCCUGCUUGUGGUCAAACACCGAGACAUGAAUGAGAAGGAAUUAGAAGCCCAGGAAGCAAGGAAAGCCCAGCUGGAAAAUCACGAACCCGAGGAGGAAGAGGAAGAGGAGAUGGAGACAGAGGAGAAAGAAGCUGUGGGCUCAGAUGAGGAGCGAGAGAAGGGCAGCAGCAGUGAGAAGGAGGGCAGCGAGGAUGAGCGCUCAGGCAGUGAGAGUGAACAAGAGGAAGGUGACAGGGACGAGGCAAGUGACAAGAGUGGCAGCGGCGAGGAUGAAAGCAGUGAGGAUGAGGCCCGGGCCGCCCGGGACAAAGAGGAGAUCUUUGGCAGUGAUGCUGAUUCAGAAGAUGAUGCUGACUCCGAUGAUGAGGACAGAGGACGGGCCUGUGGCGGCAGUGACAAUGAUUCAGACAGUGGCAGUGAUAGGUGUGGCCAGCGGAGCCGCAGUGCCAGUCCGUUUCCCAGUGGCAGUGAGCACUCUGCUCAGGAAGAUGGCAGUGAAGCUGCAGCUUCUGAUUCCAGUGAAGCUGACAGUGACAGUGACUGAGUCUCAGUGUCUUCAGUGCUGGCACAGACACCAUUAUUAUGAGCAGGAAGGCACUUUUCUAGUGGUCUAUUUGUGAGCCCUUCACUUCAUGCAUUCCCUACCCCUAAACCGUUGCUGUUAAUAAAGUCAAUUCCUCUUUACUUCCUG